AUGGCCAUCAACUCUGCCCCCGAGUCCUCCCUCCUUUCCCUCCUCUACCGCUCCUACCCUACCGCCAUCUCCCCCGACGCCACGGAGCCCGACCUUCACACGGCCACCCCCAAAAUCUUUCCGCAGACUAGCUUUUCCGUCGCCGAAGAGGCCGACGUCAAGCAAUGGCUGGCCACCAUCUCCGGUCUGCAGACCGCUCUCAGCAAGGAUGACAAGCCCGUCGUCUCGACCAUCCUCUCCCAGCUGAACUCUCACCUCGCCACCCGCACAACCCUGCUCGGUGCGAAGCCCUCCGUGGCUGAUAUUGCCGUCUACGCUCUCGUCGCUCCUCUCGUCGAGAAAUGGACCCCCGAGGAGCGUACCGGCGAGCAGGGCUACCACCACAUCGUCCGUCACGUCGACUUCGUCCAGAACAGCCGCAUUUUCGCUCUACAGAUCCCCGACGAGGAGAAGGUCACCAUUGACGUGAACGACGUUCGCUUCGUGCCCAAGCCCGUCGACCCCAAGGAGGAGAAGGAGCGCAAGAAGAAGGAGAAGGCCGCUGCCCAGAAGCCCGAGGCUGCUGGCAAGCCCCUCGUUGUCGGUCAGGGCAAGCCCGAGGCUGCGGCCAAGGCCGACGGUGCUAAGGGUGACGCCGCCGCCGCUGCUAAGCCCGAGGGCAAGCCCAAGAAGGAGAAGAAGGAGAAGAAGGAAAAGAAGGAGAAGCCGGCCAAGGCUGCGCCCGCCCCUGCUGCUCCCCCGUCUCCCUCCGUCAUUGACCUCCGUGUUGGUCACAUUCUUCGUGCCGUCAACCACCCCAACGCCGACUCCCUCUACGUCUCGACCAUCGACUGCGGUGACGCCCCGGGCACCGAGAACACCUCUCUGGAUGAGGCCACAGGCAAGACCGUCCGCACGGUGUGCUCCGGCCUGAACGGUCUGAUUCCCCUGGAGGAGAUGCAGAACCGCAAGAUUGUCGCCGUCUGCAACCUGAAGCCCGUCACCAUGCGUGGCAUCAAGUCCUGCGCCAUGGUUUUGGCUGCCUCUCCCCGCGUGGCUGAGGGCGAGGACUCGCACGCUGGACCCGUCGAGCUCGUUUCGCCUCCUGCCGAUGCCCCUGCCGGUGAGCGCGUGUGCUUCGAGGGCUGGACCGAGGGUGAGCCCGAGAAGGUGCUCAACCCUAAGAAGAAGGUCUGGGAGACCUACCAGCCUGGUUUCACCACCACCGAUGACCUCGAGGUCGCCUUUGAGAUGUCUGCCGUUCCGGCCGUGCAGGGCCAGGAGGGCAAGCCCGCUCUGGGUAAGUUGAAGACGCAGUCCGGUGGACUUUGCACAGUCAAGAGCCUGAAGGGAGCGGCUGUCCGGUAA